AUGAAAGGCCACGAAAUUUCCACUUGUAAGAGGCGCGAGUAUAAUAACGCCAGAGCUCAAGGGUUUCAAAAUUCCCCGCGCGUCAAUUUUGUUGAACUGCCUCAAGAGGAAGUAGGCUAUGAUGAAGUCGAUGAGGGUCAUAAACAGGGUAACCAGCCCCAAACUCGCACCCUCUCUAAUUCACUGAGCCACGAACAGGGUAACCAGCCCCAAACUCUCGCUCAUCCUAAGGGUCAUGAACAGGGUAACCAGUCCCAAACUCGCACCCUCUCUAAUUCACUGAGCCACGAACAGGGUAACCAGCCCCAAACUCUCGCUCACUCUAAGAGUUCUAAACAGGGUAAUCAACCCCAAACUCUCAAUCAUUCCAAAGAGGUGUAUGAAGUUCAUAUUGAUACUACGAAACGGCUUUUACCGCAUGUCCUGCUAGAGUCUCAAGCCUCAGAUAUUCCUCUAUCUCUGCUAGUCGAUUCGGGCUCCGCCAUUUGCCUCAUAAAAGAAUCAAACGAAGAUCUCAUGGAUCUACUCGUAUCACCACCUUCUUUCAACCCUGACGAGUUAACUGCAGAUAUUCAGGAUCCCUGUGAAUAUGACACCGCCGAAUUGGCACAGUCGUCUGACCCUAUCAUAGAACCUACUCUACCAACUGACCCUCCUUCAAAAGAUUCCAUAGAUCUAUUAGUACCACCUAAUGAUUUUAAUCCCGAUGACUUAAUCAUAACCUCCCAAGAUCAAGGUGAGCCUGUUAGAACUGAAAGUCAAAAUACACCUAACCUCAUCGUAGAGCCCGGUCCUCCUACAGACGAUUCUCUUAAUCUAAACCUACCUGAUGAUGACUAUCCCGCAUUCUUGAAAAUAAUUGCAGUUUUGGCAACCGUUGUUUACAGUGUUACACGGGGAGAACCCCAGCGGAACUACGUCCAGCCGGUUACUUCAAGUUCAGGUCUUUAUUACGACUACUUAGGAAAUUUGAAAAUCAAUAAUGUCCAGUUACAAGUUGUAAUUCCAGUAGAUAUUUCCCAUUUUAAGCCACACAUCAAAAAUAUUGAAAAUACCUUAGAAACCUUGAAAUAUCUUUGUAAACAAACCAGAAUUGAACAAAUAGAUCAGGAAUGUCAUAAUUUAUUACAACCGAUAUCGGCGCGAUUCCAAGAUAUGAGUAAGGAGUUCUCUGCUAUUUCCCAUCUUCUAGACAAUAGAUCCAAGCGCAGUGCCUGGAUAGGUGUCAUAGGAACAGCAAUGAAACACAUAUUCGGUUCAUUGGAUGAGAAUGAUGGUAUGAGGUAUAAUGAAGCCAUAACGACUUUACAAAAUGAUGAAAAACGGUUAGCCACGUUGAUGAAAGAAAAUAUCCUAGUUACUUCCUCUACUUUAAAGAUACAUAAUGAUAGUUUAUUUAAGAUUAGAGAAAAUGAGAAUAAUCUCGUUGUAGCUAUUGACAAGCUCUCUUUAAGUAUAAAAAACAUUACUGAAUUAACUAACGGUCUGCAGAUCCUCAUUAAUGUUAACGAAGUUUUUAACGCUAUAGAAGCUGCCAUAAUUACUCUGUCCUUUCAACUGGAAGAUGUCACUAACGCUAUAAUGUUUAGUAGUCAAAAUGUUCUCCACCCAUCAGUUAUAACUCCUAAGCAGUUAUAUCAAGAGCUUGUCGAUAAUUACAGACAUUUGUCUAAUGAUCUAGAAUUACCUGUAGCAUUAAAUAUUGAUUCUAUACAUUUAAUUCUAAGUAUAUCUAAAACAGUUUGUUUUUACAUUAGAGAUAAGAUUGUAUUUGUCUUAGAGGUACCGCUAGUUAACACGAAAGAAUACGUAUUAUUCCAUAAUAUAGCUAUUCCGACGCCACAUAAUCCUAAGGAACCUAAUUCAUUUACUUUAAUAAUUCCUGAAAAUAAGUAUAUAGCAAUGACCAUAGACAAAUCGCAUUAUUGUGUGUUUAAUGAUCUUGGAGUGUGUAAGUCUGUAGGCACAGGAAACUUCAUUUGUGACCUCCAGAAUGUGUAUUCUACGGAUGCAAAACCUAUUUGUGAAACGGUUAAGACUUGUUGUAUUAAACUAAACAACCGCCCAUUCCAAUAUUUUAAGAAGAAACAAGCAGUAACUUUGACAACCCCUGAAAUUAAGGAAACUAUAGACAGAACAGAAAUUGAUACUGAAAUAUCCAGUCCAGUAGCCCCACUUAGAACUAGGAUAUAA